CCUCAGCGCUGUGACAUACUGCCGAAAGGUUGUAGGGCAAGAGGGUGUCUCCACCAAACGGGCCGACCCUCCUGCGGCCUCGACGCAUGGACUAUAAUAGGAUGAACUCCUUCUUAGAGUACCCACUCUGUAAUCGGGGACCCAGCGCCUACAGCGCCCACAGCGCCCCAACCUCCUUCCCCCUCAGCUCAGCUCCAGCCGUUGACAGCUACGCAGGCGAGGGCCGCUAUGGCGGGGGGCUCCCCAGCCCCGCACUCCAGCAGAACUCGGGCUAUGCCGCUCAGCAGCCGCCUUCAGCGCUGGGGGUGCCCUUCCCCAGCUCCGCGCCCUCGGGGUACACCCCGGCUGCCUGCAGCCCCAGCUAUGGGCCUUCUCAGUACUACCCUCUGGGUCAAUCGGAAGGAGACGGAGGCUAUUUUCAUCCCUCGAGCUACGGGGCCCAGUUAGGGGGUUUAUCCGACGGCUACGGAGCCGGUGGAGGGGGCCCGGGCCCGUACCCUCCGCCGCAGCCCCCUUAUGGGAACGAGCAGGCGGCGAGUUUUGCACCGUCCUACGCUGAUCUCCUCUCUGAGGACAAGGAAUCGUCCUGCGGGUCAGAAACCAACACCCCCACGGCUCGGACCUUCGACUGGAUGAAGGUUAAGAGAAACCCACCCAAGACAGCGAAGGUGUCGGAGCUGGGCCUGGGCGCGCCCAGCGGCCUCCGCACCAACUUCACCACGCGGCAGCUGACCGAGCUGGAGAAGGAGUUCCAUUUCAACAAGUACCUGAGCCGGGCACGGAGGGUGGAGAUCGCCGCCACCCUGGAGCUCAAUGAAACGCAGGUCAAGAUUUGGUUCCAGAACCGGCGCAUGAAGCAGAAGAAGCGCGAGCGGGAGGGAGGCCGGGUGCCCCCAGCUCCACCAGGCUGCCCCAAGGAGGCGGCAGGAGAUGCCUCGGACCAGUCCACAUGCACCUCCCCUGAAGCCUCGCCCAGCUCCAUUACCUCCUGAUCUGAACCUCACAACCCACGGGGCUUCCAGGCACUGGAGCUCCCCAGUCCAGCCUGCUCCCAUGCUCUCCCCAACUGGGGUCUCGGCCUCACUGCCCGGGUGAUCCUCUCCAGG